CGUCUCGCUGCUCCCUCAGUGCUGAACCUGACGCUGAUCGACCUGCCGGGGAUCACCAAGGUGCCGGUGGGCGACCAGCCGCAGGACAUCGAGUUCCAGAUCCGGGACAUGAUCCUGCAGUUCAUCGCCCGCGAGAGCAGCCUCAUCCUGGCCGUCACGCCCGCCAACAUGGACCUGGCCAACUCGGACGCGCUCAAGAUGGCCAAGGAGGUGGAUCCGCAGGGCCUGCGGACCAUCGGAGUGAUCACCAAACUGGACCUGAUGGAUGAGGGCACGGACGCCCGGGACGUGCUGGAGAACAAACUGCUGCCGCUGCGCAGAGGAUACAUCGGCGUGGUGAACCGCAGCCAGAAGGACAUUGAUGGCAAGAAGGACAUCCGUGCGGCGCUGGCGGCCGAGCGCAAGUUCUUCCUGUCACACCCGGCCUACCGGCACAUGGCCGACCGCAUGGGCACCCCGCACCUGCAGAAGGUCCUCAACCAGCAACUGACCAACCACAUCCGGGAGACGCUGCCGUCGCUGCGCAGCAAGCUGCAGAGCCAGCUGCUCUCCCUGGAGAAGGAGGUGGAGGAGUACAAGAACUUCCACCCCGACGACCCCACGCGGAAAACCAAAGCCUUGCUGCAGAUGGUGCAGCAGUUCGGGGUGGACUUUGAGAAGCGCAUCGAGGGCUCUGGUGACCAGGUGGACACGCUGGAGCUGUCAGGAGGCGCCCGCAUCAACCGCAUCUUCCACGAGCGCUUCCCCUUCGAGCUGGUCAAGAUGGAGUUCGACGAGAAGGACCUGAGGAGGGAGAUCAGCUACGCCAUCAAGAACAUCCACGGCGUCAGGCACGUG